AUGGGUAUAGCUGAGGAAAUUGAUCCAAGUUCUGAAAAAACCGGAAGAAUUUAUUACAUGCCUCACCAGCCAGUUAUUCGAUUUGACAAACCAGUGAGAGUUUCAAUUGAUGCAUCUAGCCAUUCGAAAAGCGAAUAUCCUUUAAAAGAUUGUCUCUAUUCCGCUCCUAAUUUAAAUCCACCGUUGUUAGAAAUAUUAAUACAAUUUCGCACACCUAGCAUAGCAUUUACUGCCAACAUCGAACAAGCAUUUCUCCAGAUUUCUCUGUCACCUGAAGAUAGGGAUGCUAUCGACGGUAGCAAACGGAACCGUGGCUUGGUAGCAAAUAAUAACAACUUCACUCGUGUUGAACAAACUGUCAGACUUAUUAAAACACAAACUCAGCAAAGGACGCAAGAACUCAUCCCUUGA